AUGGAAUUCUUCCGUUUAACCAAAGCCGAAAUUAACCACAGGUUUAUUCAAAAUGUUCAACCUUCCUCAAAGGCUUUACACUCCAAUGUUAGAGAUAUUAAGGAUGAAAAGGUACAAUUAGAAUCAUUUCUCCAUUACAAUAGAAAAUAUCAUGAAGAAAAAGGUUUGCCAAUUCAAAGAGAAAUCUGGGUCGAAAAUGAAGAUCCUCAACAGGAAGUCCAUUUCACCAAGCAAACAAUUCCAAAGAUUCAAUGGAAAACAUUCUGGUACAAACUUUACAAAUCUCAAACGCAAGCUCCAGGACUGUUAGAAUUUUAUCAAAGAUUCAACCUAGGCCACUUUGAACACAUGUUCGAAAGAACAAAUGAAUCAAAUACCCAAGAGGAUCUCCCAAAUUUAAACAACGAAGAGUGCUGCUUAUGUGGUGAACAAAAAGAAACCUUCCAACACUAUUUCCAACAAUGCUCUAAAGCUCAACAAAUUUGGACAUAUAUCAACAAAGGUGAAACUCCAAUAAAGCUAAAAGAUCUCCAGGUCAAUUUACAACCAACAAAGGCGGGUUAUAUAUUAAUGAACCGAUACAUUGAAUGUUUGGUUUAUUUGAGAAAAAGAAGAAGAUUUGGAAGCCAAGUCUUAAAUUAUGACCAAAACGAAAUGAUGGGACAAGCUAAGCUAUUCCUUACUUUCAAAAGCUCCAAAACCGCCUACUACUCCUCAAACUAG